AUGAUUUACCUAUAUAGCAGGGGCAGAUCAUCAUGCAGGUGCCCAUGUCUGGAACUCAGGGGCUAUAGCAGAUUCCAGCUGGUACAGCCGGGUCAGAUCCAGUUCCAGAGGGGACAGACUCUACAGGUCCAGGGUCAGCAAGGCCAGACCCAGCAGUUCAUCAUUCAGCAGCCCCAAACUGCAGUGACCACAGGACAGAACCAGGGCCAGCAGCAGAUUAUAUUGCAGCCGGGGCAGCAAGUGGCCCUGACUGCAGACAGCCAGACGAUUGUGUACCAGUCAGUCAAUGCUGAUGUCUACAUUCUACAGCAAGAGAUGAUCACCAUCCCUGCCUCUAGUCUGGCUGGCGCUCAGAUCGUACAGGCAGGCAACAACAGCAACACAACCAAUAGGGGUCAGGGCACAGUGACCGUCACACUGCCUGGGAACAUGGUAAACACAGUCAAGAUGGUUCCGGGUGGCGGUGGCACUCUGCCCACCAUGCAGCAUAUCCCCCUACCAGCGACGGAGAUGCUGGAGGAGGAGCCUCUGUACGUCAACGCUAAGCAGUAUCACCGCAUCCUGAAGAGACUGCAGGCCCGUGCCAAGCUGGAGGCAGAGGGAAAGAUCCCCAAGGAGAGGAGGGUGAGUGUGUGUGUGAGCAUGAGUAAAUGUGUGCAGACUGUCAGCUUUAAGAAUAUAAAAUGUUUCUAAACCCUUCUACAUUAAUGUGGAUGCUACCAUGAUUACAGAUAGUCCUGAAUUAAUGGUGAAUAAU